AUGUCUCUCCUGAGGGUCCCACAGGAGCCCAGGGCUGACUCCCAGAGCCCAAGUCAGACACCUUUCAUCUUCAUCAGCAGAGGGCAUCGCAUCCUCCCCGUGGCCGCCCUCGCUGCCCAGGCUCUAGCUUCCCAUGCUACCAACAAAUGGGCCAGCCAAGCCCAGAUGGCAGCAUCUCCCCAUCCGGUGUCCGUUGGCCCGACGCCACUUCCAGGAGAUGACCACGAAGCCCAGCACCCACCCUGUUCUGGCCGCCCCCUAUCGUGGCCUCAAAGUCAGGCUUGCCCUUUUUACACCCUGGCCCAGGAGACCUCCAGGAGAACCUCCAGCCAGGCUCCAGGGGAUGUUCCCACCCCUCCUCCCCAGUGCCAAGGCCACAUGGACAAGGAAGGUCUAUGCACACAGGGUUCCUCGUUCAGCUGGCUUCUCCGGAUGCUGAAUGAUGGGAUCUGUCUCGGGCUCACCCUGCGCCUGUGGGACAUGUAUUUGCUGGAAGGGGAACAGAUGUUGAUGCCGAUAACAAGCACUGCCUUUAAGGUUCAGAGGAGCCUCUAUGAAGAAACUAACAAGGAAGCAUGGGGACCUGCCACCCCCAGGGCCCUCAAGGGCACUGGAGGAGCCAGACCCAUUUGUGAGAGCCUCCGCUCCUCCCUGCAAGUACUGACAGCCUCAGAGAGCAGCAGAGGCCCCUCACUCCUGCAGAUUCCUCCAAGGGUGCCAGGACAACAAGCCUUGAGCCAGGGAGACAAGGGAAUCAGUGUCUCAUUAUCUCUACCAUCUCUACCAUCUGGGAGAGGGGGAUGUGGCAGGACAGUCGGGUAA